AUGAUCAGAACUGUAUCACCGACUUGUUUGAAAUGCCCUACUUUCCGCGCCGGAAAAUGCGCAGGAACAGCCAAGCGACUCGUGGCCACUGAAGCGUCGCCCAUCGCCCGCAAAGACAAAACGGAGGGCGAUAUUUCGUCUGUUUUCUCGACGUUCUCGGGCAGAAAGAGCCCGCCGCUGCCGGAGCGGUUCCGGGAUAUAAAGCGGAACCUGACCGCUGGGUUUGAAGAGCAGAUUCAAAAGUCGUGGGAUGAGCUUGUGGAGGUGCUGAAAGUGCGGACUGAAGAGGUUGCUUCCAAGCGAGAGAAGAUCAUUCCUCAAUUGAACUUUUCCGACAUCAAAGAUGGCACUGUAUCGCCGGCAGAUGUUGCUGCCAUCCGACGCACCGGUGUUGCCGUCAUCAGAGGGGUUGUCGACAAAGAAGUCACCGAAGGCCUUCUCUCGGACGCUCGCCAAUACCUGACUUCCCGGCCUUUCAGAGGCUUCCCGUCUACUUCGGACAAGAAGGUUGUCUACGAAUCAUAUUGGAGUCCUUCACAAGUGAAAGCGAGAUCGCACCCCAAUAUGCUCGCCACACAAUCGUGGAUGAAUCAGCUCUAUACUGCCGACGCUGAUCAAAAGAUUGAUCUCUCGGUCCCGCUCACGUACUGUGAUCGUGUCCAAAUCCGCCCACCUGGUGAUAAGCAUUUCGGGCUUCCGCCUCACGUCGAUGGAGGGGGAGUGGAAAGGUGGGAGGACCGCGCUUACAACCAUACCUACCGCAAGAUCUUCCAAGGAAAGUGGCAGGAGUACAACCCAUGGGACCUCACUGGCCGUCUUGACGCCAACAUGAACAUGUACGAAGGACCAGGAGGCUGUUCAGUCUUCCGAAGCUUCCAAAGCUGGCUCGGACUGUCUCGUCAUGGGCCGCAGCAAGGCACUCUUGUCGUUCAUCCCAUCCUGCAGCCCGCCACUGCGUACUGGAUGCUUCGGCCGUUUUUCAAGCCGACACGAAAGGACUCCUUGGAUGGAUGGAAGUUCUCCCUGGAUGAUGACGAGGGAAAUGUUUAUCUGCAUGGCGCCAAUCCAGGAACUGCCCAAGAGCAUACCCCCGACCACCAUCCCCAUCUGAGACUCGCCGAAACCAUGAUCCCCUAUCCCACUGUUGAGCCAGGUGACACCGUGUUCUGGAGUGCCGAUACCAUCCACGGUACGGAAAUGGAAAACACAGGCGACAUUGACGCUUGUGUGUUUUACAUUCCAUCCGUUCCAUUAACCCCUAACAAUGCGCAAUAUAUCGCACAGCAGCGCGAGGCGUUCUUAAAGGGCGUUCCGCCACCAGACUUCCCGGGUGGACUUGGAGAGUCCCAGUUCUCUGACAGAGCAACAGUUGCCAACAUCCAAUCCGAAGCUGGUAAAGUGGCCAUGGGCCUGAGUCCUGUGAAACUCAACGGCAAGGACGAGAAAUCGAAGAAGCUCGAGCAAGAGCUCAAUGGAAUUAUGGGCUUCUAG